AUGGUGUUUUGGAUUAGUGACGAUGUGAUGAAAGACCAUUACUGCCCUUGGGACAGUUACCAUAUAGAAGUUCCUCAGCGAUUGGAUACAAUAGAUCAAAGAAUGGAGGAUUGUGAUUUCUCCGAGAGAGUUACAAAACUACCUAUUAGACUGUGUGAAGAAGAGGAAAUACAAUUGGUUCAUACAACUCGUUAUAUUGAUGAUAUCAAACAAACCUCCAAGUUUUCCGAAAAAGAAUUUGAGCCAUUCUCAGCAAAAUAUGAAGAUAUUUAUGUAAACCAAAACACUUACAAUAUCGCUCGAAUAGCUGCAGCAGCAGCCAUUGAUUUGACCGCAAAAGUUUACGCCACAGGUGAACCUGGUUUUGCUUCAAUACGACCUCCAGGUCAUCAUGCUUCUCCCGAUGCGGCAUGUGGUUUCUGUAUUUUCAACAAUGUAGCCAUUGCAGCUAAGAGCGUCAUCAAAGCAGGAGCUAAACGAGUGUUGAUAGUGGAUUGGGAUGUACACGCAGGGCAAGGAACUCAAGACUGUAUUGAGAAUGAAGAAAAUAUUAGAUUAGUUUCUAUUCAUCGGUUUGAAAAUGGAAAGUUUUGGCCCAACCUGGAACAGUCUGAUGUUCAAACUGAGUUCGAAAAGACCGUCAAUGUUCCACUUAAUACAACAGGCAUGACAGACAGUGAUUAUAUCGGUAUUCUAAGCCUUGUCGUUGUGCCGAUGAUUCAAGACUACAAGCCCGAAAUGAUAAUCGUGAGCUGUGGAUUCGACGCUGCUUUCGGUGAUCCGGAAGGAGAAAUGGCGGUUACUCCAGGAGGGUUCGGAACAAUGGCACAAAUUCUUCUAAACAUGGGCAUACCUACAGCAUUUAUAUUGGAGGGCGGAUACUUUUUGGAUGCUGUGGCUGCAAGCGCGGAGUUUGUGUUAAGAGCAAUGUUGAAAGAUGACGCUCCUCAUAUUGAUUUCAAACCUCUUAAUUCGGAGUUAGUACCGGUAAUACGGCGGAUCCACAAGCAUUUCUCAAAGCAGUACCCGUCUUUCUCCGCAUUAAGUAAGCUGCAAGAAAUAGUUAAACCAGAUUCGCACGAAGACAUCCAAGAGUUUAAAGGAGUUAGGAACAUGAUCAUACCUUUCCCCACUCGUGGAUUGUACAACGCCAGGGACGAGUCGUUUGAAACAAGUUUAUUGGUAGAGCUUGAUGACAUCGUUAAUGCUUACAAAAAAGCAAACUAUCAAACAAUAAUCCUUGAAAACAACGAUUCGAUCGAGUUAAGGGUAGAAGACGAUCAAAUAUUAUUACUUUUACCCUACCGUCUAUUCUCGUUGGCUUACUCUUCGGUUGUGCUACCGAUCAAUCCUACCACCCCUCCUUCAUCCAGCAAAAUCCCUGAGUUUGAUGGCCCUUCGAAAGAGGAUCUCAUACACUUCCAAAGUUUCCUGAAGGACCAAAAAUGUAAUGAAGUACUCAAAAACUUGCCAAUUUACAGUAUUUAUAAUAUAUGA